AGCAGCCUUGUUUUCGAAAUGCUCUGCACACAGACUGCUGGAGGAGGAUUCAAGAGGAAGUCUGGCCCGUCCCAGCCGGCCUGCCAAGCACAUCUGGAAGUGUUUUCGGCCGCCUCACUCUGCCAGCGCAGCGCCUGGAUUCCCAGCUGCUCCGCGCAGGAGUGGAAGAAACCCGAGCUGCUCCAAGUCAACGCAAGCACAGAGGGGUGGGGAGGGGGAGGAAUACUCUUGGAAACGUUAUAUUGGCCUUGCGGCUCCCCAGCCCUUUGGGGUUUCCAAUGGGAUCUUAGAAGCAGCAGAAGCAGUGUGAAGGGCAGCAGCCCGGGGCCAGCCACGAUUUGAACGCUCUGCCCUGCAGCUCUUCUGGACCGAGGAGCCCAAAACCCUGCCUUCACCAUUCACCAGGUCGCAGUUUUUAUCUACGUGAACACAUGGCUUUGUUACGAAAAAUUAAUCAGGUGUUGCUGUUCCUUCUGAUUUUGACCCUCUGUGGGAUUCUGUAUAAGAAAGUUCAUAAGGGGACAGUGCUCAGGAAUGAAACAGAUGAUGACUCUGAGGUUCCUGAGGAAACGGAAGAUGAGAUUCCUGUGGUGAUUUGUGCAGCAGCAGGGAGAAUGGGUGCUGCUAUGGCUGCCAUCAACAGCAUCUACAGCAACACUGAUGCCAACAUUUUGUUCUAUGUAGUUGGCCUCCGGAACACACUGUCCCGAAUACGAAAAUGGAUCGAACAUUCUAAACUGAGAGAAAUAAACUUUAAAAUCGUGGAAUUCAACCCUACGGUCCUCAAAGGGAAGAUCAGACCAGACUCAUCGAGGCCUGAGUUGCUCCAGCCUCUGAACUUUGUUCGAUUUUAUCUCCCUCUGCUUAUCCACCAACAUGAGAAAGUCAUCUAUUUGGACGAUGACAUAAUUGUACAAGGUGACAUCCAAGAACUGUAUGACACCACUUUGGCCCUGGGCCACGCGGCAGCCUUUUCAGAUGACUGCGAUUUGCCCUCAGCUCAGGACAUAGACCGACUUGUGGGGCUGCAGAAUACAUAUAUGGGCUAUCUGGACUAUCGGAAGAAGACUAUAAAAGACCUUGGCAUAAGCCCCAGCACUUGCUCUUUCAAUCCUGGCGUGAUUGUUGCCAACAUGACAGAAUGGAAGCACCAGCGUAUCACCAAACAACUGGAGAAAUGGAUGCAAAAAAAUGUGGAGGAAAAUCUCUACAGCAGCUCCCUGGGAGGAGGGGUGGCCACCUCCCCAAUGCUGAUCGUGUUCCAUGGGAAAUACUCUACAAUCAACCCCCUGUGGCACAUAAGGCACCUGGGCUGGAAUCCAGAUACCAGAUAUUCAGAGCAUUUUCUGCAGGAAGCAAAAUUACUGCACUGGAAUGGCAGACACAAGCCUUGGGACUUCCCUAGUGUUCACAACGACUUAUGGGAAAGCUGGUUUGUUCCUGACCCUGCAGGGAUAUUUACACUCAAUCACCACAACAGCUGAUAUAAAUCGACAUUUUAAAUAUUUCCUGUAUAAAGAUGUGGAAUUGUCCAUUUGUAGCCUACUAAAACACUGUUCUUUAUGAACAGUAUCUUUGAUACAUAUGAUCCACAAUAUAAAAAACAAAAACUACUGUGUGCAAAUAGUACUUUGGAUCAUAUGGGUAUUGAUUUACUUUCUUAAGUACAACAGGUGAUUAUGGAAAUCAAGAUUAUGUGAGUGAAAUAUAUUGUUGGAAAAAAAUAAACCCAUCUAGGUUUUAGAAAUCAAUGUGCUUAACUCUGAAUGGCAAUCAUAUCCACAAAUGUUUUUUAAUUUCUAAACGUAUUUUUCACCUGUAGGUAUUUUUUUAAUAGGUUACCAAUCUUCUCUUUUGUAAAAUAUAUUACAUUUAAAAAACAUGGAUGUCUGAAAAAAUAAAAUAU